ACAAGCGAGAUCCGAUAUUCCUUCUCCUGGUGCAUCAUCGACGAUGACAUACAUGAUAAAGUUCGGGCUGUUCUCACUGGCAUCUAUGGCGCUUCUUGCGGUCGCCUCCCGUCGGAGUUCGAUCAAACGUCGGAGCAUGAUGAGUGGCUCGUCACAAGGAAGCGCUUGCCUGGUGCCAGUCAGCCAGCCUGCCGAAGAAAGCGGGAGGGAAA